AUGACAGCAAAUAACAGUGGUAAUGUAUCCAACCGGAACAAUAACUCAGGGCUAUCAGGUCAGAUUUCGGAAUUCGAUAUUAAAAAUGAUGAUUUUAGCGCUUGGAUAGAGAGAUUUGAAUUAUUCGUGUUGUUAAAUGAGGUGAACACACAUAAAAAAAAAUUAAUGUUUCUUACAUUUUUGGGUAACGACGGAUACUCAUUGUUAAGAGACCUGUGUAUACCGAGUAAACCGAUUGAUAAAGGUUAUGACUCAUUAAAAGAGCUAUUGUCAAAUUAUAUUAACCCGAAACCGAAUUUAUUGACUGAACGAUAUAAAUUCAAGGAGAGGAAGCAGGGAUCGGAUGAGACAAUACACCAGUUUGUUACAUCAUUGAAGAAACUUUCACAAUUUUGCGAAUUCGGUGUAAAUUUGGACGACUCGUUAAGAGACCAACUAGUAUAUGGUAUCAAAGAUAUUAAUAUUAAAAAGCGUUUGUUGUCUGAAACUAAAUUAACAUUCAAAAGAAGUGUGGAGCUGUGCUUAUCAAUUGAAGCGGCAGACAAGGAUGUGUCAAAAUGGGAAAACCAUGCGUUGAACUAUCAGAGAAAUAUGAUGACAAAGAGCAACAAAGCAGUCAAGGAUUGGGGCAAAGGAAGACAGAAAACUGAAAAUAAGGAGUCAUCGAACUACAAGGGUGUGUCUGGCAAGAUUGUAUGUUUUUGUUGUGGUGUUGCUGGUCAUACUAAACCAAAUUGUAAGUAUAAAUCACUUGUUUGUUCCAACUGUACCAAAGUAGGACAUUUAAAAAAAGUUUGUAAAAGUAAAAAUAAAAAGAGUAAUGUUAACUUAUUAGAACAAGUGAAUAAUGACUUAAAUGAUGAUUUUGGUGAUUUAAAUAUUAUGGAUAAUAUUUACCUUUUAGAUUCUGUUGACUGUAAUUUUAUUAAGCCAUUUAAUAUUAAAUUGAAUGUGGAAGAAAAUUUAAUUAACUUCCAAAUUGAUACCGGAUCCUCUAUUACAGCUAUAUCAUAUGAUGAAUUUAUUAGAGGUAAAUUUAAGUCUAAGGAUUUAAUUAGCAGUGAUAUUAGUUUAAAAGGAUACACUGGUACUUUAAUUGAACCAGUAGGGUUUUUAAGGAUGGAAGUGUUAUUUAAAGACCAUGUUGUCCAGAAUUUGAAAUUAUAUGAAAUUAAAGGAGGUGGUCCGCCUAUUGUUGGUAGAGAUUGGAUUGAUAGAUUGUCAAUACAUUUAUCAAGUAAAAUUUAUUCACUUACAUCUUAUAAUCAUGAUAGUAUUUUUGAGGAAUUUCCUUCAGUAUUUAGUACAGUUUUAGGAUGUUAUAAACCAAAAACUUUUAAAUUAUAUUUAAAUGAUAAUGUAAAGCCAGUAUUUUGUAAGCCGAGGGUUUUACCUUUUACAUUAAAAGAUAAAGUUAGUAAGGAAAUAGAGAGACUAACCAAAGAGAAAUUGUUAAUUCCAGUGGAGACAUCAGAUUGGGCUACUCCAGUAGUUCCAGUAGUGAAAGGUAAUGGCACUAUUCGGUUAUGUGGAGACUAUAAGGUGACCUUAAACAAAUUUCUUAAAGUAGAUAGAUACCCGAUUCCAAGAGUUAGUGACUUAAUGGCUACGUUACAGGGAGCAUCAAAAUUUUGUAUUUUAGAUCUGUGUCAAGCUUAUCAACAAUUAUUAUUAGAUGAAGAGUCUCAAAAGUUAACUACCUUAUCAACUCAUAAAGGGCUAUAUGUAUUUAAACGCAUACCGUAUGGUAUAGCAUCUGCACCUGGUAUUUUACAGCGUGAGAUGGUAAAUGUACUAAGAAAUAUUGAUGGUACAGUGGCAUUUUAUGAUGACAUUAUUAUAUCUGGUAAAUCAGAAAAUGAAGUUUGUUAUAGGCUUAAAGAGGUAUUAAGCAAAUUGAGUUUAGUUGGAUUUACUGUUAAGAAAGAAAAAUGUAAGUUGUUUAAAGAUAGUGUGACUUUCUUAGGUUAUAAGAUUGAUAAAGAGGGACUUCAUGUUCCCGAAACUAGAAUCAAGGCUAUAACUGCAGCACCUAUUCCUUGUAAUAUUUCUCAGUUAAAGGCAUUUUUAGGACUAGUUACUUAUUAUG